UUGCCAGAGUGGGCGGGGCUGUCGUCAUCCGGAGGGAUACGUUGUUGUAGGAAGUAAAAGACUGUUCAACAUGAGUUUCCGUUACGGCCAGGGCUAUCCAGGAGGACCAGGAGCGGGCAACGUGCCACCCGGUGCUCCAUAUGGGGGUCGAGGGGGUCCAUAUGGGCCUCCCCCGUCAGCCCCAUAUGGAGGCGCAGCAGGUCCACCGGGAGGGCCUUACGGGGGAUACGGAGCCCCAGGACAUGGGGGACAGUAUGGGCCUGGACCAGGUGGUGCUCCUGGAGGGCCCUACGGGGGUUAUGGAGGACAACCUCAGGGAGGACAUUUUGGAUACCACGCUCCUGCAGGUAACAUCCCCCCUGGUGUUAACCCAGAGGCAUACCAGUGGUUCCAGAGUGUUGACACGGACCACAGCGGCUCCAUCACCCUCAAGGAGCUGAGACAGGCGCUGGUCAACUCAAACUGGUCCGCCUUCAAUGACGAGACAUGCCUCAUGAUGAUCAACAUGUUUGACAAAACGCGGUCAGGCCGUAUGGACCUGUUUGGUUUCUCAGCCCUGUGGGACUUUAUGCAGCAGUGGAGAGCGCUGUUCCAGCAGUAUGACCGAGACCGCUCAGGCUGCAUCAGUGGCCAAGAGCUACACCAAGCCCUUGCCCAGAUGGGCUACAACCUGAGUCCCCAGUUCACUGAAACAUUGGUGGGACGCUUCAGUGUGCGAGGCGGGCGGCCUGGCAUGCAGCUGGACCGAUUCAUCCAGGUGUGCACCCAGCUGCAGAGCAUGACCCAGGCCUUCAGGGAGAGGGACACGGCCUUGGCGGGCAACAUCCGCAUGAGCUAUGAGGAUUUCCUUACCAGUGCCAUCACCAGGCUCAUGUGAGCCUCCAGCCACUGGCUGUCCCACCACACUGCUGAGUGGACAGGCUGAUUCCAUCUUCAGAGUGUGCUUGGCUUCUCAAGCUGUCCCAUAAGUGCCCCCAGCUGCUGGUGUACUUGUAUGCCAGUUUACAUUAUUCUAGGGCCUGUUGCUAUAAAAUAGAUGAAGUCAAGCACCAUGGACUUGAUUGAAGCUGAGUGACUAUUUAUAAAGGAGGCUUUUCUGCAUGUCUUAUAUUUCAGCAGGAAAGUGAUUGCAGCUUCAUAGCAUCUGUCACCAUAUAGGUCACCCUGAACAGUUUUAAUUUUACCACAGAUGCCUGGUGGUGACUGUUAACCAGCUGCUUGUGAUGGCACACACAACCACACUUCUCAGUUCUCGCUGAUGCCAUCUGGAUUGGGCUUAUUAUUAGUUUAAAUUAUAUCCAAGAAGGCACCUCAUGUUUAAUCAAGAGGCCGUUGACCAUACAGCAGAGAUGCCCUCAUAACCAUCAGGACUUAAUCAGUGCAAAGACUUGACUUGUGAAGAAGAGAAAGAACAUGAAGAAACUUGGAGAAUCACUGGAGAGGAUUUUCCUCUCCCAGAGUACUUGCAUUUGAUUGCAGUAGAUUGACUAUGCCUUGCGCUAUUAACUAUACAUAUCCUGUGAACUCAUAUGCAGCCUUAAGAUUUCCCUGUGCCAUUAAAACCUAAUGUACCCUUUUGAAUUUAUGUAUAUCAGGGUUAUACAGCAUGUCCAUAGGGUACUUACACGCAAUGCUUGCACAUUAUAGCAAGAUAUGAUGUGUCAUUUAACCAAAAAGGGGCCACAAACUUCUAAUACCAGCCUAAAUUCCACUCUCACACUUAGUGAGGUUUUUAUGUCUGUUGAGGAGCUGUACAUAUUUGAACAGAUUGUAUUAGAUGAUUGUCUUGAUUAAAAACUUAAGCCUAAUAAUGAUAAAAUCCACGAUUCAGCAUUAUGUUUGCCAGAUUCAUCUCAGUGAAAUGGACGAUUGUGGGGCCAACACAUUUUAUGUAUUAGCAACUAAUGCACUUUUCUGAAAGUAUAGAUUUUGACAUCAAUAACAUGCCAUCUGGUUGCUUGUACCAAAAACUAAUAAAUGCUUUACAUGACAGAAAUUA